AUGAAUCUGUUAGCGUGGAACUGCCGAGGGCUUAGGAACCGCCGUGCAGUUGAUGAACUUGGGGAUAUUAUCCAAACAAAAGAUCUCGAGAUUGUGUUUUUAUCUAAAACAUGGUCCACUAAGGAACACAUGGAGCACAUUAAAUUGAAGUUAAAUUUUGAUGGUCUGUUUAUGGUGACUAAUAAAGUUAGGGGUGGUGGGUUGGCUUUAAUGUGGAAAAAUAGUAGUGAUGCCUGGGUUGAUAGUUUUUCUUCCUAUCAUAUUGAUGCCAUUAUUAAAGGGGGUACGGAGGAUGCAUGGAGAUUAACAGUGGAAGAUAAAAAGGGUGGUGCACCACGAGCUCAUAAUUUCAUGAAGGCUUUUAGGGAUGUUCUUGAUCAUUGUGGGUUUGCGGAUUUAGUCUAUUCUGGUCCGGACUACACUUGGCAUGGGCGACAUAGGGGGGAGUUGAUAUGGGAAAGGUUGGAUCGAGAGGUUGCCAACUAUGAGUGGCUUGCUCGAUUCCCCGCAGGAAGGAUUAGGCACUUGAAUAGUUUUACUUCAUACCAUCACCCAAUUCUUUUAUCUUUGAAUUUGAAUGAGGAGCACCAAAGGUGGAGACGAAAGCCUUUCCGUUUUGAGGCUAUGUGGUUAACUAGUUUGGAGUAUAACGGUAUUAUUUCAAGAGCUUGGGCGGUUAAUCAAGAAGGCACUCCCAUGCACGUGGAAAAUGAGGACGUGGUUUCAGGUUUGUUGAUAGUGUACUAUGCUAACUUGUUUACUACUUCCAAUCCUUGCAACCUAGAGCGGAUUUUGGAUGGGGUUCAACCGGUGGUGACUGAAGAGAUGAGGGCCACCUUGGCUAGACCAUUCAAUGUGGAGGAGGUGGAAUGUGCUAUAAAGGAUAUGGCUCCGUUAAAGGCCCCGGGUCCGGAUGGGAUGCCACCCCUAUUUUAUCAAACUUAUUGGAUUGAUAUAGGUAUGGAUGUCUCUCAGGCUGUUCUUUCUUGUUUAAAUUCUAGAUCCAUCCUAAAAUCUAUUGACCAUACUUUUAUCACUUUAAUUCCAAAAGUCCAAAAUCCUAAAAGGGUGUCUGAUUUUAGGCCCAUUAACCUGUGUAGUGUGAUUUAUAAGAUUGUCAGUAAGGUUAUUGCUAAUCGUCUUAAACCUUUACUGGAUUCUAUUGUCUCUGAAACUCAGAGCGCCUUUGUUGCAAAUAGGCUUAUCACAGAUAAUAUCUUAAUUGUUUUUGAAUCCUUGCAUCAUAUGAAGAAUAAUUGUUCAGGUAAGCAAGGGUACAUGGCUCUUAAGCUGGAUAUGAGCAAAGCGUAUGAUAGGGUGGAGUGGGCUUUUUUGGAACAAAUCCUUCUGAAAUUGGGUUUCCAUGAAGAUUGGGUUGCUUUGUUAAUGGAGUGUAUUACAACAGUGUCCUAUUCUAUUCUUGUUAAUGGAGAGCCAAAGGGGCUGUUUAGGCCUUCAAGGGGUUUAAGGCUUAAACGCAACCCUGAAAGAGGCAGCCUCAAAGGGAGAAAUUCAUGGUUUUUCUAUUUGUAG